AUGUCUGCGUCUGAAACCCAGUUUGAAAGUGUGGUUAACGCAGCGCAGAUUUACAUCGCGUGCACGACGUCAAUUCUGAUUUGGGACUGGCUGUCCUGUCUACCACAAGAGCGCAAGUACAUCUGGAAAUCCAAAUCAUGGACCCCAAUCAAGUUUCUCUACUGCAUGGUCCGAUACUAUACCUUCAUGGUGCUAAUUGUAACCGACGUUUGGUUCUUUGCUGGGUGGAGCGAGAAUGCCUGCGCGCGCUAUGUCCGCAUUCUCCCUGGUAUUGCCGUCCUUAUCGAUCUCUCCGUCGAAGCGGUCCUCGCCAUUCGCGUUUACGCUCUCUAUGCUUGCGACCGCCACAUGGCCGCCUUCCUUAUUACAAUGCUCGUCGGCUUUCUCGGGGUCAUGAUUGCGGUCCCCAUCCUCGCAUUCGACUAUAACCGUCUGCCACAAUGGCCGGGACCAUGCAUGGUCACCGGCAAGCCUUCGAUCGCCGGCCCCAAGUUCAUUAUCGCCUUCUACGCCGCGCCGAUGACAUGCGACUUCAUCAUGACGGCGCUGACGGUCUACCGCCUAUUCGAACAGAAUCGCGAGGGGCCCACCAACUCGCUCAUGAAGCGCAUGGUCCGCGACGGGCUCUUCUACUUUGUCGCCAUCUCCGUAUUCAAUCUGCUGAACGUGAUCUUUUUCAUCCAGGGCAACGAGAUGAUCCAGGCUAUCAAUGCCCCCGCCAGCAUCCAGAUUUCGAGCGUGCUUUGCUGUCGUCUAAUCCUCAACCUACGCGCUGAGAACGACGCCAACACUGCCGUCCGCCGGUUCAGCAACACCAAGAAUCAAUGGGUGACCGACAUCAUCCACGACGCCUCCGUUCUGUCCCCCAACGCCAACCCGAUCCGCUUCUCCGCCAACCCGAACAUAUACUCGCCCGACAUAUACUCGCAGUUCAUCGUCCCGCCUGCCGCGCACCUGGACGGGGAGACCCGCCGCCACUCGCGGAUGCGCAGCCACGACGGUUCGCUGACGAUGACGAGCGGAAUACCCCUGGAGCUCGAUGAGGAAGACGACGACGAUGGCUACGAUGUCGAGCGCCAAAGCGGCAGCGCGGGCAGCAGCUUCAAGCUCGAACAGGACGGACACGUGCCGCCUGAAUUGCCCAAGGAACGCGUAUAA